UCUCUGGUUGGGCCAUCUUUUAUUGGCUAUUCAUAAUGGUUUCUUGAUCUAAGUGGCUUACUGGGGGCCAUUUCAGAGAGCAGUUUGGAAUCAAUCAUGUUGCUGGGGGUCUAGAGUCUAUAUGAAAGCCUGAUCAGGAAAGGAUGACAGAUAAAAGUUUGGUUAGGCCACAUUUAAGAAUAUUGUGUUCAGUUCUGUGGAGGCUUUGGAGAGGAUGCAGAAGAAGUUUGCCAGAAUACUGCCUGACUUUGAGGUUAAAUUCUUGCUCCGUUCCACUGACUGUCGCCUUUCCUCCGCCCCCGUUUCCUCUCUCCGCUUUAUCGGGUGAAUCCUGGACAGUUUCUGUUAGUGAAACGGCACCUCCUCCCCGGGGAAGUCCAACUCAUGGAUUCUGUCAUCACGGAAACUUCCUCUUUUAAUGAAACAAAAGGGGCCCGAGAAAGUAUCCGGCUUCAGAGCGAGCACAUCCCUCUCCAGGGAGCGGAUCUACAACGAAGUGAGAACGCGUGACGCUGAGGUCAUGUCACAGAAAGAGGAUUUGAGCGAAGUGACCGUGAGUCAGACCCUGAGUAGUUGGGAACUAGACAGAGGCAAGGAACCGAGCCAGUGUGAGCGCCGUUUGCUGGCAGUCCUGCUCGUCUCCGUGUUGCUACUUUUCUUCAUCAUCGCAUCCCUUGUCUGCGCCUUUUGGCUAUUCUUCUUUCCCAAGUUGACUGCGGAGAACAAGGGAACUGGAGACAAAUUUGCUGUACACAUAUUAGCUGAAUUUGAUCACAACAAAACAGUAAGAUGGUCAACCACUCCCGGGCUUGGAUGGAACCAUUUGGGCAGUGGUUUCCGUUUUGAAAAUCAGAAGUUACAGACCACCAGAGAUGGGAUGUAUUAUGUGUAUGCAAAGCUGAAAGUGUACUGCUCUGUUGUAAAUGAAUGCAAGAACAGUUCACCAGUCAAGUUAGAUAUUACCCACUGCAUUGAAAAUGUCUGCUCAUCUAUACUGAGUACAGAGAUGAAAGUAUCCCAGGAACAGGAGCAACUGGUUGCCUUUGGGUACUCUGGCACAUUAGUGCAAAUCUCAAGUAAGGGUUUCAUGCAAGCCAAAAUUGAAGGUUUGCAGCAGGAGGACAAUGUCAUGCCAGAUAUUGAACAUAUAUAUUUUGGAGCUUUCUUGAUAGAAAGCUAGAUUUUCUACAAUCCAUGCAACUGACUGCACUUUAACAAACGCUGAAUAAUUUGUCUAUGAUUCAUGGGUUGUGCCAAUGCUACAGAUAUUGGUUAUUUAUCAUUACCUAAUUUUCUUAUUGUCAGCCUGUUUGAAUCUAAACGUUUUUGCAUGAAGGGACUUAAUGCUUUAAUCUCACUACAUUCUUUACUAUAUAUGAGUGUUUAGUCCUUGCUAUGCAGUGGUUCAAUCAGUUUAUUGGGCAUGUUAUUAUAUCCCCUGUCUGAUAUUCAGAUUAUGGUAUUCCCAAAUUUGGGAUUCUCUACAUAACCUUUUGUUUUGUAAGAGGUGAAAUACUUGUAUAAAGCACACUGAAUUGUACUGUUUUGAAA